AUGACCGACAUCGCCCAAUCUGCCGAAGCCCUGAAGGCCCAACCUGAGGUGAACUUUCCUGAGGUGCCCUUCUUUCAGGGUCCUGAGGCCCCUUGCCGCUUCGAGGCUGAAGUCUACAACUGCGUUGUGCGUGGAAAGAUCCCCACGGAGAUCGAUGGAACUUACUAUCGCUGCAUGCCUGAUUGGUCGUGGGCCCCUCUGUAUGAUGAUGAUGUCUUCAUCAACGGUGAUGGUGCCAUAGAUGCGAUCCGGAUCAAAGACGGCCACGCCGAUUUCAAGCAAAAGUAUGUCAGGACAUCGAAGUUCCUCAUUGAGAGAGCGGCAAGACAGGCCGUGUUUGGCAAAUAUCGCAACCGUUUUACCGACGAUGCCCGCGUCAAACAUGAGGUGCAUUCUACAGCGAACACACAUAUCAUCUACUUCGAGAAUCAGCUGCUGGCACUGAAGGAAGACUCGAAGCCUUAUGCCAUGGACCCAGACUCUCUUGAAACCAAGGGGCUCUACGACUUCGGCGGCCAGUAUUCUGCUCCUACUUUCACCGCGCAUCCAAAGAUUGACCCCGACAAUGGUGAAUUGAUCACAAUGGGCUAUGAGGCGAAGGGUGAUGCCACGAAUGAUGUCGCGUACUACUUGUUCGACAAAGACGGCAAGAAGCUUGAAGAGUGUUGGAUCAAGACGCCAUAUGUGGGAAUGAUGCAUGACAUGGCAGCGACCAAGAACUGGGUCGUUUUUGUACUCAUCCCCCUGGAGACCCAGCCACUGGAGCUCCUCCAGCAAGGCUCGAGGCACUUCGCUUGGGCCGAGGACAAGCCUUUGACUUUUGGCAUACUUCCACGGCGCAACCCAAAGCCGGAAGAUGUUCGCUGGUUCCACUACGAUAACGCCUUCUACGGGCACACUGGAAAUGCAUUUGAGGGUGACGAUGGAUGUGUUUAUCUUGACGCCCCGCUCACCUAUCACAACAAGUUCUGGUUCUUUGGCCCCCGGGGCGAGGACCCGUUCACCCAUCCAAGCGCCAAACCAAAGAAUGACGGACGUCCGGAAAGUCAUUACGUGCGGUGGAAGUUCGACCCCAACGCAACUGACUUUCGCGUUGAGCCGACUGAGUUGGUCAAUCUGGAUGGCGAGAUGCCCAAACUUGAUGAGAGGUUUGCUACCAAGAAGUAUAACAAAAUCUUCUUGUGCGUUCACGAUCCGAAGGCGGAGUACAGCCCUGUCGGUGGAACUUACAACACUCUAGCCAGUGCGGACAUCAACACAGGGAAAUCAAAAUACUGGUCCGCUGGUGAACAUACCGCACUCCACGAGGUGGCGUUCAUUGCGAAAUCGCCGGACGCACCCGAAGGUGAUGGCUAUUUGAUCACCAUUGCUAACAGGCGUGAUGUUAAACUUUCCUGUAUUCUCAUUCUUGACGCGAACGAUGUCGAAGCAGGCCCUGUUGCUAUUAUUGAGCUCCCUUUCCGCCUACGCAACGGUAUCCAUGGAAGUUGGAUCCGGAAGGAGUAUGCAGGAACAACCGUCAAGCCAGCUUUGCUCUAG